AUGGCUACUCUACUCGGCAAGAGGACUGUAUCUUAUGGAUUGUAUCAUUCUCUACAGAAAAUAUGUGUGACUACGUUGGAACCGCGACCAGGUGGUUACUGGCUAAUAUACAUGACUAAAAAUGGCCAAUUUACCAGCUACAUCCACGGCGGUGCCUGGCGUGACCCGACUGUGACAUCGGCGGCUUUUGAUGCAGCCGAGUCAAUUCUUACGUCGAAUUCUCCGAGCCUUCCAAUUUCAGGCUACGCUUCAAUCUCAUACCGGUUGAGCGCGCAUCCAAACCACCCCCAAGACGAAACAAGCACACCGCCAGAGGAUUUCCGGUCAGCCAAACACCCCGAUCACAUCCGUGAUGUGGAGGCUGCGCUCGCCUUUCUCCAAAAUACCUAUGGGUUCGGUGCACGAUACAUCCUUGUCGGGCACAGCUGCGGCGCAACCCUAGCGUUCCAGGCCGUCAUGGGCGCUGUCGCAGGACAUCGCGAGCAGUCAUUCAUCGGAGGUGCAAUGGACACUGGCGCUGGCGCCAAGAUGGUCUCCACGUCUUCUGGACCCCUUCCUCCGCGAUUGUCUGCUCAUCCUACAGCCAUUGUAGGCGUGGCAGGCAUAUAUGACCUGCGUCGAUUGGUGGAUACGCACCGCGACAUUUCGGCGUAUCGUGAAUUUGUCGAGGGGGCAUUUGGAGUUGAUCAAAUGCUGUGGGAUACUGUAUCACCUGCACAAAUGAUGGGGUCGCGUGGUGUGGAGGGUGGAUGGAAGUCUGGUAGAUUGGUCAUCCUGGCGCAUUCGAAGGAGGAUGGGUUGGUGGAUGAAGGACAAAUGGAUGCCAUGCGCACAGCCUUAAAGGGCUGGGAGUCGACUAAAGCUGACUUCGUUUCCCAAGACUUGCCAGGUCGGGAUCGACGUGUCCGUGAGCUGGAGAUCAGUGACAAACAUGAUAAUCACUGGGUUAUCGGCGAAGGACUGGCUCGUGCAAUCAAGUAUGCUUUCUUGGAGUUGCAGAAUAUGGGUUUGGCUCCAGAACCUGAGGAACUGAGUGGCUCCACGACCACGCUCAUUUAA